CACACACGCACAACCAUGCCGAUCAACCAGCCGUCGAACCAGAUCAAGCUGACAAACGUGUCGGUCGUGCGGCUGCGCAAGGGUGGCAAGCGGUUCGAGGUGGCGUGCUACAAGAAUAAAGUGCUGGACUGGCGCAACGGCAGCGAGCCGGACCUGGACGAGGUGGUGCAGAUUGAAAAUGUGUUUCUGAACGUGUCCAAGGGCACCGUGGCGCCCAAGGAGGACCUCAAGCGGGCGUUUGGCGAGGACAAGAGCAUGCACGACAUUCUCGUCGAGGUGCUCAAGCGUGGCGAGCUGCAAGUGGGCGAAAAGGAGCGCUCCCACGAGAUUGGCGCUGCGUGGCGCGAGAUUGCGACGCUCGUCAGCGAAAAGUGCGUCGACCCCGCCUCGCAGCGCCCUUACACCGUCGGCAUCAUCGAAAAGGCCAUGCACGACAUCCACUUUGGCGUCAAGCAGAACAAGUCGGCAAAGUCGCAGGCCCUCGAUGUCAUUCGCCAGCUCCAGGCCAGCAAGACGAUUCCCAUUGAGCGGGCCAGGAUGCGCGUGAGGGUGACGAUGCCGACAAAGGACGGAAAGCGGAUCAAGGAAAAGGUGCAGGAGCUCGUCGACAAGGUCGAGGACGACGACUGGGUAGACGAGUGGGAGCUGGUCGCCGUCAUGGACCCCGGCUCGCUGCGCGUCAUCAACGAGCUUCUCGAGAGCGAGACAAAAGGCAGAGGCAAAGUAGAGGUGCUCAACUUUGCCAGUGUAGGGGACGACGCGGGCGACGAGAUGCUCGAGUGAGAGUGCACGAAUAGAAUGAUAGAUUACAAGAGAGAG